AUGCAAGCAUUCAAGAACUUCUCAGCUCAAAUCCCUGCUCUUCCAGCAGUUGACGUAUCUGGAUUCAACAAGCAAUUCCGAAAUACCGUUCAAGCCACUAGGGAAAGAAUCGGUCAAGUCGGUGCUGAUGGCAUUACAGAAUUACCAGCAGAAUACAAAGCUCUUGAAUCUAGAGUUGACGCACUCAAAGAUGUUCAUCAAAAGUUAUUAAGAAUCACCAAAGUUCACGAAAAGGAAUCUUACGAUUAUCCAUCUGAAAUCACUGAAUCACUUAACGAAGUAGGACACCAAGCUGCUUCAGCUUGGAGCGUAUUUGCCAACAAAAAUCUCAAAAAUACAAACCUCCCUAUUCCAAUUCCAUCACCCACAGCUCAAACUCCUCAUCAACCUAAAACACUUCCCCAUGCACUAUCAAGAGCCUCCAAAGCAGGAGCGACUGAAUUAGGCCCUGAUGACAGAUUAAGUAUCGCUCUAGGUGUUUACGGUGCCGCCAUGGAGAAGGUUGGUGACGCUCGUCUCUCCCAAGAUAAUCUCAUUGUGGACAGAUUCGUUACUCCUUGGCAAGCAACUUUAUCAACCUCCAUCGGAUUAGCAAUCAAAGCUAGAAAUAACGUAAAGACUUCAAGAUUAGAGCUUGAUUCAGCAAGAGCUGCUCUUAAAUCAGCUCCUCCUGCCAAACAAGAACAAUCUAGACUCCACGUAGAAGAAGCCGAAGACAAACUUGUUCAAGCUACUGAAACCGCUAUAGGAUUGAUGAAGGCUGUUCUUGAGAACCCUGAACCCCUUCAGAAUCUCUCUAAUCUCGUCAAAGCUCAAUUGAUCUAUCAUUCUACAGCUGCCGAAACCCUCAGUGGCAUCCAAUCUGAGAUUGAAGAUGCUGCUACUGCCGCUGAAGGUGAAUAUCGAACUUCCCGAGGUGCUUGA